GCUCAGCGACGCGUCGUGUGCUGCUCUGCUGUCAACAGCACCGGAGAGCAGGUGAAUGCCGGCAAAACAAACUUUCUGCCUGCUCAGCACCUACAGAAGCGACACCGGACUUUUAGAAGUUUGAAGACAAGCUCUCGUCAUCGAUAGGAUUAGUUUGAGUCCCAGUCUCCCAAGUGCACCAACAGGGUAGCAAGCCAUGGCAACUGUAGUGCCCAAACUCUCCAGCGCUGGGGUUGUGAAGAUCCGUUUCACCAGUCUGGACCUGGGCACCACCAGGUGGAAAGAAGGGACGUUUGAGAUUUUGGAAAAGGACAAUAAAGUUAACCUCUGCCUGAGAUUCAACUGUGGAGGAGCUUCCAAAACUUUCCAGCUGAACCAGAACGUGAAAAAUAUUAGCCAGAGUGUCAACCGCAUCGUCCUGACUCUGAAGGAUAACAGUGUCAUCACGCUGGACAAGAUGCCUCCACCUUUGGUUCAGAAGACUAAAGAAUACCUUGAAAAGCUGAAGCAAGGAAAGCCAGUUUUAAAAUCAUCCCUCGGAAGUGCCAACUUCAGUGUGCUCGGGAACAGAUCUGUGAAAAAUGAGGCCAACCCGUCCGGGGAGAGACAGACGACACCGAGGCGGCAGAGCGCAGAAGGCCGGGAGGACACGACACCGAGAAAACCUCUCGGCAGCCCGAGCAGAGCGGCUUCCACUCCCACUCGCACAGGACUGUCUGAAAACAGGAGCGAGAAGAGAAAGCGACUCCUCACUCCUGAUAACGACCUCAGUGAGGAUUACCCAAAGGAAAACGACUCCUCGAGCAACAACAAGGCGACUUCUGACCCCUCCUCCAGGAAGUUUCUUCUGAGCUGCAAAGAAAAGCUGAAGCAGUCAGAGGAGAACAGGAGCUCAGCUCCUCUUGGGUCAACUCCCCUUCAGCCAUCAUCUUUCUACGGCAGCCGAUCUGUGACUAAAGACUACAGCCAGAGCCACUCUUUUCUGGACAGGCCAUCCAGUACUGCACAGACCCCCAUAGCCAAAAGGAGCCUCGUGCUACCAAACCACUCCACUCCCUUUAAGAAGGUACGACCCUCCUUGGACUAUGGUGGCUGGAACAAGCAGAGGCCCUCCACCCUGGCACAGCCUCAGGCUCCGCUGCAAGGAUUUUCCAACCUGGGCAACACCUGCUACAUGAAUGCCAUCCUGCAGUCCCUCUUCAGUCUCCCCUCCUUCUCUAAUGACAUGCUGAGGCAGAGCAUCCCAUGGAAGAAGUUGCCCAUCAAUGCCUUGCUCAGGCGAUUUGCUCACCUCAUGGUGAAGAAGGAUGUGGCCUGUCCAGAGACGAAGAAAGACCUUUUGAGGAAAGUAAAGAGUGCCAUCUCCUCCACAGCAGAGCGUUUCUCUGGAAACAUGCAGAAUGAUGCUCAUGAAUUCUUGAGUCAGUGCUUGGACCAGCUGAAGGAUGACGUGGAGAAGAUGAAUAAGAGCUUAACGAACGAGGCCACCUCCUCCUCAUCGUCUUCUGUGGUGGGUGAGAAUGGUCUGGAGGGAACGUCAUCGGCAGUCAAAGCAGAGCCUGGUGACGAAGCAGACACCUCGCGGAUCUACACCUGCCCCGUGGCAGUCAACAUGGAGUUUGAGGUGCAGCACACCAUCACGUGCAAAGGCUGUGGCGAGGUGGUGACCAAGCGAGAACAAUUCAAUGACUUGUCCAUCGACUUGCCGCGAAGAAAGAAGACACUGCCGCUUCGCUCCAUCCAGGAUUCCCUGGAUCUGUUUUUUAGGAUGGAGGAAAUUGAGUAUUCGUGUGAAAAGUGCAAUGGGAAAUCAGCGACUGUUAUGCACAAAUUUAGUAAACUACCCAGAGUGCUUAUCCUACACCUGAAACGGUACAGCUUUAACGCUCAGCUGUCUCUAAACAGCAAGCUGGGUCAGCAGGUCUUGAUCCCCCGAUACCUGACCCUGCUGCCCCACUGCACAGAAUCUACAAGACCCCCCAUCAGCCUUGGCUGGAGCCCUCAAGCUGCCUUGUCCAGAACACUUAAAACGUCACAGUUGGUCAACUCGUCCACAGCGCCUCUUCGUAGGAUCGUAGGGAAAACUUUCAACUCCAACUGUACCCCCAUCCUUGUGGACUCUGACUGCGAAGAGGGGCCUAACAGGAAGGUGAGCGCGAGCCGCAAGCGACGCCUGAGUAUCUGUCUGCCUGACGACGAUGAUCGCGCUGAAGAGAGGGGGGCAGCAAUCGAUUCAACAGACUUCAGUGGCAUCAAUGAUGAUGAAAUGCUAGCGGCUGUGCUGGAGAUUAGUCGCCAAGAGGCCGGGCUCUCUGCACCUCCUUCUCUGGAUGAUGAGCCGACAAGCAGCCCGGACACCGGGUUUGGGGACACAGAUGCACAUGACUUGGCCUAUCACGCAGAUCUGCUGGAAGCAGAUAGCAAACAGCCCGCAGAUGUGCUGGACUCCUUGGACCUGACCAUGGAUGAAAACAAGGAGAACCAAACUCCAGAGAGUGGUCAGCAGCAGGGGGAGCUGGACUGGGUCCAGCAGUACAAUCUGGAUCAGGAGAGGGAAGAACAGGAGCUGCAGCAGGCUUUGGCACAGAGCCUCCAGGAGCAUGAAGCUCAGGAGAUGAGAGAGGACGAUGAUUUGAAGAGAGCCACUGAGCUCAGCUUGCAAGAGUUUAACAACUCCCUGCCUGAUCUGCUGUGCUCGGAUGAUGACUCUGGCAACGAGGACGUGCUGGACAUGGAGUACACUGAAGCAGAAGCCGAGAACCUGAAGAGAAACGCGGAGAGUGGAGAGUUGGCCAACUCGUUCAGACUCAUCAGUGUGGUCAGUCACAUCGGGAGCAGCUCCUCCUCUGGCCAUUACAUCAGUGACGUGUACGAUAUGAAGAAACAUUCGUGGCUGACCUACAAUGACCUGGACGUGUCUCGCACGCAGGAAGCAGCCGUCCAGCGAGACCGUGACCGUAGCGGAUACAUCUUCUUCUACAUGCACAAAGAUGUGUUCGAGCAGCUAUCUGAGAUGGAGAGAUCUGGAGCCGGAAGCACCUCAGAGGCAGGACGGAAUGUCCUGCAGCCCCUCUGAGCGCCACGUCUUUGGACGCCCACCCACACUCAACCACAGCUGAUCCUGUUAGAUAAAGCUGCCCUGUGAAUCCUCCUAUACUACUGAUUGCCGUCCCUUUUAGAUAGCCUUCAGGCACUUCCUUUUUCCUCUACAGAUCACUAAAGGCCAGGAUAAAAAUAACACCUGAUGAUGGCGACACAGGGGCUGACCUGUCAAGACUCUUUCAGAUACCAGAAAUGCAGUUAAAAUGUUCCGUGGAUCAAUUUUUGCCUCUGUGUUUUUGGGGCUGGAGUCUUUCUUUGCUAUAAUUUUAUCAACUGUUUUGUAAGGUUUAAUUUUGUUGUUUCUUUCUUAAAGACUUUUCUUCAGACUUUUACUUCAAACUAUCAAACACUGGGCACUCCUGGUGCUUUGUAGAUUGUAUGUUUGCAGACCCCUUUAUUUCCCAUAUAAGCAAAAUAAAGAUAUAUUCUAUGUUGGAGUAUAAGCUAUUAUAGAAUUUAGAGGGUUGUUGUAUUUAGCGGGUACAUUUGGUGCAAUAUUUGUUACUGGCACAAACUGGUCCAUUCAAAACAGCUUUCUGUCCCACAGUGUGGAUGUUUUCCCAGUUGCUUUUUGUACUUCAUGUGCAACCUGAUUUUUUUUUUUUUUUUUUUGUGUGUGUGAUUAUUUCCAUAUUUUAGAGGUGUGAAAGAACGUGCAUUCAUUAAUAUUUAACUGAGCUUUUCUCAGUUGAUCACACUUUGUUGUUUGUUUGGGGUUUUGACCUUGUGCCUCCCAAGAAAAGUUUUAUAAAUAUGUGUAUACAAGCUUUACUUUGGAAAGUCGCACAACCUUGUUGUUUUUGAAUGUUUGUCAAAUCUGAAACGGUGUGCAAGUCAGAGUUUCUUCUAUAAAGCCAACAGAUUUUUAUAUUUAUUGCAUAUAGAAGGGGGUUGGUUUCUCUUAAUUAGCCCAAAAUAUGAGCCAAGGCAAAUGGAAGUCAUUACUACUUUAUAACCAGAGAAGAUACAGUACCUGUUGCAUAAUAUCUUUUAUUUCAUCACCUUUAGAACAAGUGUUAAGCAUUUAAAGUGCCCCUGUUAUGCUCAUUUACAUGGUUAAAGUGUAACUGUGGGAUUAAACGCCUUACUGUUCAGGGAAGGAACCCGUUAUCUGCUCCGUUUUAGUGCCUGUCCCUUCAAGGCAUCUGUCUUCUGCUCUGAUUGGUCAGCUGAUAACAUUAAUAUUCUCAGACUGACUGUUAAUAAAGCUGUAGCCAUGUUUGGAAGACGUUUUUACCUGUAAAUACAGUCGGAAUCACCUGUUUCUUUAUUUCAAAAUGUGCCAAACUCACUGCUACUAGGGCAGUACAUCGUGAUGUAGAUACGUUACGGCCUACAAACAAUGCCUUUCAGCAGCUCUGUGUUUUUGUUUUAAAGCAGUUUCACCCUACAACUAUUUAUUCAAUGAUGGAAUAAAUAAACAGUUAGUGUUGGAGAUGCUGGAUAUUUUCACUUCUGUUUGUCUUCUGGUCUAUAACUGUAGGGAGAUUUUUUUUUUUUUUAAAAAAAGCAUAAAAGGGGCACUUUAUUAACCAGUUCCUGUCAGGCAUGAAAUAUGUGGAAUAUUCUGUUUAUUACUGGGCACCGGCUGUGUAACUUUUAUUCUGUGAAAGGGGGAAAAAAAAGAGCUCACUCGUAAACAUGCUAUUAUAGACUUAAUCUGUACAGCAGAUUAUUCCCUCAAAUUAGCACAUGGCAUUAAUUUCUAAAAAUUAAAUCACUGCAGACAAAAUUUGACACAACUCCUGUCUUUAUAUUUGGGGAUUUUAGGAAGUGUGCACUGAUUAGCCAACUUCCUGUUGCACCACGCUGUGUUAAUUCUCCAGGUGUUUUAAUGUCUGCAUUGAUUGACGUUUCUUAAAUGCCUCUCUUGAACAUGCUGUCCCACACGCAGUGUAAAGAGCAUAACAUGUAUUAGUGAAGUGAGAAUGAACAGCUUUUUCUACCCUUCAUACACAACCGACUCUUCCUAAAGCAGAUUUUAAUAAAAUAUUCCAAUGAAAGAA